AUGUUAGCAGAUUUAGUGGAGGACGUGAAGAAAACUGGACUCCAAACUGAAGACGUGGCCUGUGAUGUUUCAUUUGGGAUAAAACUGAAAGCUGUCAAGUCCUGUCUGCAGUGUCUGGUCUCUUACUACAACGAGAAGAUCUUCAAUGAGCUGAUCCGACUUAUCAAGAAUGAAAGCCUUGAUUUGAAGCAACAGAUCAGAUCCCGGCAGGAAACUGGUAUCAGUCGGAUCGAAGAGCUUUUGGAGGAGCUGCAGCAGGAGCUUGUCAAGCUGAGAAAGAAAGACACAAAGCUGGAGCAGCUGUCACAAACAGAGGACCAGUCUCUCUUUCUACACAAUUACUCCUCACUGUCACAACUCAGUGAAUUUAAAGACUCUCCCAGCAUCAAAAACUCCCCUCUGAGGUACUUUGAAGAUGUGACAGCAGUGGUGUCUGGGAUCAAAGAUAAGCUACAGGAAAUUACUGGCGAGGCAUGGACCAAGAUCUCACUGGUAUUGAAUGAAGUUGAUGUUUUACUGUCACAAGAACCCAAGACCAAAGCUCAGUUCUUACGAUAUACACACCAAAGCACACUGGAUCCAAAUACAGCAAACGCUCAGUUGUUAUUAUCAGAAGACAACAGAACAGCUACAGAGGCUACAGAGAAACAGCUGUAUUCUAGUCAUCAAGACAGAUUUAUUGACAUGUUUCAGGUCCUGGGUAGAGAGGGUCUGAGUGGACGUCGUUACUGGGAGGUGGAAAGGAACAGAGAUGAAGUUUCAAUAGCAGUUGCAUACAAGGCCAUUAGUAGAACAGGAUAUGAAAGUGGAUUUGGAAAUAAUGACACGUCUUGGGCAUUGGAGUGUUUCGACCAACGUUAUAAGCAACUAACUGUCUCACAUAUAAACAUAUGA